AAUUGUUGGUUGUUAGAAGAUGAAAAACCUCUAAAACCCACCCAGCCCAAACUUUCCCUCCUCAGAAACGGCCCCUUUCGACUUUCGACUUUCGAUUCUCUUCUUCCAUUUCCUCUUCCAUUUCAAAAUCCACCUUCAAGUUGAAUCAUCGCUCUCAAAAUUCACCAAUCCCUUGCACACUCCCAUCUUAAACCAAUCUCACCUCUAGAUUUGGGUUCCCCAUUCCUUUUUCCGCGCAAUGGAGUGGAACCCAGAAACCCUACAGCUUCUCUCUCAGUGUUUUCUUCACACUCUUUCUCCAGCCCCUGGCCCCCGCCGCAGUGCUGAAGCUUCUCUUGCUGAAGCCGCCGACCGUCCCAACUACGGUCUUGCUGUUCUUCGUCUCGUCGCUGAACCAUCUGUCGAUGAACAGAUCCGUCAAGCCGCCGCCGUCAACUUCAAAAACCAUUUACGGGUUCGAUGGGCACCUGGAGCGCCCGACGAGUCAAAUGCUUCUCCCUUGGGUCCGAUUCCCGAUUCUGAGAAGGAACAAAUUAAAGCCCUAAUUGUACCGCUUAUGCUAUCCUCUACUCAACGAAUCCAGAGUCAGCUGAGCGAGGCUUUGGCUUUGAUUAGCAAACACGACUUUCCGAAAUCGUGGCCUUCUUUGCUCCCGGAGCUCGUUGUAAGUCUGCAGAAGGCGUGUCAGGCUUCCGAUUAUGCAUCUGUUAACGGUAUUCUUGGUACUGCAAAUUCUAUAUUUAAAAAGUUUCGGUAUCAAUAUAAAACCAAUGAUCUUUUGCUUGACUUGAAGUAUUGUCUGGACAAUUUUGCCGCACCCUUAUUAGAAAUUUUUCUUAAAACUGCUGCUUUAAUUGAUUCUGCGGUGAGCUCGGGCGCAUUGGCGGCCACCUUACGGCCAUUGUUUGAGUCCCAGAGGCUUUGUUGUAGAAUUUUUUUCUCGUUGAAUUUUCAAGAGCUUCCCGAGUUCUUCGAGGAUCAUAUGAAAGAAUGGAUGGGUGAAUUCCGGAAAUAUCUAACUAUGAAUUAUCCUGCGCUUGAAAACAGUGGCACCGAUGGGGUUGCUCUGGUUGAUGAGCUUCGUGCUGCAGUUUGCGAGAAUAUUAAUCUUUAUAUGGAAAAGAAUGAAGAAGAGUUCCAGGGGUACUUAAAUGAUUUUGCUCUAGCAGUUUGGGGCUUACUGGGGAACGUAUCUCAGUCGUCAAGCCGAGACCAGCUGGCUGUUACAGCAAUGAAGUUUUUGACUACUGUUAGCACGAGUGUACACCACACUUUAUUUGCUGGCGAGGGAGUGAUACCUGAGAUUUGUAAGAGCAUAGUAAUUCCCAAUGUAAGGCUGAGGGACGAAGAUGAGGAACUAUUUGAUAUGAACUAUGUAGAAUUCAUUAGGAGGGACAUGGAAGGUAGCGAUUUGGAUACUAGGAGGAGGAUAGCUUGUGAGCUUCUCAAAGGAAUUGCAACCAAUUACAAAAAACAGGUGACAGACAUGGUAUCCUCUCAGAUUCAAAACUUACUCAAUUCAUUUGGGCUAAAUCCUGCUCUGAAUUGGAAAGAUAAAGAUUGUGCGAUAUAUUUGGUUGUUUCACUUUCCACAAAGAAAGCUGGGGGCUCUUCUGUUUCCACCGAUCUUAUAGAUGUUCAAAAUUUCUUUGGUUCAGUAAUCAUUCCAGAACUGAAAAAUUCUGAUGUUAAUGGUCUACCAAUGCUCAAGGCAGGGGCGCUCAAGUUCCUUGCUGUGUUCCGUAAUCUGAUAUCAAAACCUAUUGCCUUACAAAUGUUUCCUGAUUUGGUUCGAUUCCUUGGUUCUGAGUCAAAUGUGGUUCAUUCCUAUGCCGCAAUUUGUAUUGAAAAAUUAUUGCUGGUCAAGGAGGAUUCAGGUGUGGCCAGGUAUAGCUCUCUGGAUAUAGCUCCGAUUUUUCCUGAGAUGAUGACUAAACUCUUUAAUGCCUUUAAGUUUCCCGAAUCUGAAGAGAACCAAUACAUUAUGAAGUGUAUAAUGAGAGUUCUUGGUGUUGCUGACAUAUCUCGUGAAGUUGCUGGACCAUGCAUUGUCGGGUUGACUUCUAUUUUGAAUGAAGUGUGCAGAAACCCCAAAAAUCCCGUUUUUAACCACUAUAUGUUUGAAUCUGUGGCCCUUCUGAUUAGAAGGGCUUGUGAAAGGGAUCCCUCUUUAAUAUCACAUUUUGAGACAAACCUAUUUCCCAGCCUUCAAAUGAUUCUAGCCAAUGAUGUUACGGAGUUCUUCCCUUAUGCUUUUCAACUGUUAGCACAACUUGUUGAAUUGAAUAAUCCUCCUAUUCCAGCAAGCUAUGUUCAGAUUUUUGAGAUCCUACUGUCGCCUGAAUCUUGGAAAAGAGCCUCUAAUGUCCCUGCACUUGUACGGUUACUUCAGGCUUUCCUUCAAAAGGCACCUCAUGAACUUAAUCAAGUUGGGCGCCUGAGUCAGGUUCUUGGAAUAUUUAGUAAUCUAGUCUCAUCUCCAAGCACUGCAGAGCAAGGCUUUUAUGUGCUCAACACUGUUAUCGAUUCUCUUGAGUACAGUGUGAUUGAACAGUACAUUGGCCACAUCUGGGCUGUUCUUUUUGGACAGCUCCAAAGUAGACGGACAGUAAAGUUCAUCAAAUCACUUUUGAUUUUCAUGUCCCUUUUUCUUGUUAAACAUGGUCAAAAGAAUCUUUUGGAUACUAUCAACAGUGUUCAGAAUGGCAUAUUUAUCCAGAUCUUGAGACAGUUUUGGAUCCCUAAUCUUAAAUUAAUAACUGGGGCCAUUGAACUUAAGUUAACUGCAGUUGCUUCAACCAGACUUAUCUGUGAGUGUCCAGCACUUUUGGAUCCUGCAUUUGUUGAAGACUGGGGGAAAAUGCUGGAUAGCAUUGUUACCCUUCUUUCUCGACCUGAACAGGAGAGGGUUGAUGAGGAGCCAGAGAUGCCCGAUAUUUCUGAAAAUGUUGGUUAUAGUGCAAGCUUUGUUCGUCUAUACAAUGCAGGGAAGAAGGAGGAUGAUCCUCUGAAAGAUAUUAAGGAUCCAAAGCAAUUUCUGAUAGCAUCUUUGUCUAAGCUUUCCAGUCUUUCUCCUGGGAGAUAUCCCCAAGUCAUCAGUCAGUAUCUUGACCCUACAAAUCAAUCUGCAUUGCUGCAGUUUUGCAGAUCUUAUAAUUGCCCAAUUGCUUGAGAUUUUGUGCUGGAUUGAAGCAGGUUUUUGUGGAGAAGUUGAUCUUUAAUCAUAUUAAUCGCAUGGUGUUGUUCCCACUUGGUGACCUAAUUCAAAUUUUAGAUCAUCGUUGGCUUCUACAAAUUGUGGUAAUGAUGUGGAAGGUUCUGCUAUUUCGAGUUGGCUUGUGAGGCCAUCAAACACAGUUUACCAAGUUUUGGUACAAGAUUUCCAUCCCCUGUCAUGUUUACCUGUCUGUCAUUUUGUGCAUGCAUUCAUGUGAGCAAAUUUAUAGAUGGUUCAUUCCGGUCUAAGAGUGUAAUAUUGCAUCGAGUUUUUGCUUUCUCUUUUGCUCAUACUUUGAAAUUUCCUUUGUCAUUUUGACAUCACAUGUAAGCACUUGUAUCUCAUUGCUGCGAUAUCCAACUGCAAGUUUAUAUAUCAGUUGUUUAUUGUGGCUGUGGUUGGUGUAGAAAGAUUACUGUUUAGAAAUUUUCAUGUGUUCGUGGGCAUUGCUCUUUUGGUGAUAAACGUACCUCAUGGUUUUGGUUGUUUGAUGUUUAUGAGAACAUAGAAGACUAAGUAACACAUUUAGUUUCUGAA